ACAGAAGGAGGGUUCAUGUGCACAGAAUGACGUCGCACUGCAAGUCUGUCUGACUCCUUCGCUGUUUUUAUCAGUCAUUCUAUCGAAUGGCUAGAAAAUCAUAAAUCUGCGGAAUUAUGGUCCGAAUGUGAGAAUACCUGAUGCGUCCGAUCUAUAUGUCUCUCUCGAUCGGUGUGUCCAAGCAGCGUCUUGAUGUUGAGGAUUACGAGUGAUAUAGGCUACGCAGCCUAGCAGAGUUCUAGCCUACUGUUCUGUGCGUUGAGCUGUCAGAACUGAAACUACAUGUAUGGAAAGAGAAAAUGCAGAAAAGCUGAAGUGGGGGAUAUUGUAAAGAAGAAGAAAUAAGGUACAGGCUUGGUUUCGUGUCUUUAUUCUCUCUUCUGGAUUAUUGCCGCCCAGCAACACAGCCACUUGACAAAUCUGAAUGUCGUAAUUAAGGUAAAUCAAUGACCCAGCGAUGGAGACCAAAAGAUACCCAAGUUUCUUCGAAGGAUCCACGGACACAGAGAAGAACAGAUGGUCCCAUGUCCCCAGCAGUGCCAUGGACUACUGCUGCAGCGGAGCCGAGGAGGCAGACAGCCUGAACCUGAACAGCAACAGUGAUGUCCUGAUGGACAUAGUCAAUGUCAGCUGCUCCCCCAGCAGCAACACAGCCGACAGCAAGGAGAGUAACAAUAACAACGAAGAGAAGAAGAAGCCAGAGCAGCAGCCUACUCUCAAACUGACCCAGAACCAACACCAGCCUUUUGUUCUCCCCCUCUUUAACAGUUCCCUCCAUGGGAGGAAGCCAGAGAUGAUGGACUCCAAGGAGCUGUCUAAAACUGUGGCUGAGUCCAUGGGCUUGUAUAUGAACGCGGCCAGGGAGGCCACAGACUUUGGUGGCUUCGGCCAACAGGGGGGUCAUUGUAGUCCGGGGAAGAUGUACCCAGCGGGAGUUUGUGGGCGCCCCUGUCUCGAGGACAGCCAGUGUGCUGCGUCCACGGGGAGCCCCAAGUUGAUGUCCCCUUCUACGGGGUUCCUGAAGCAGCCUAGCUCCACCCCAGGGGAUUGUUGCUCAUCUGGAACCCCAUCAGGGUCAGCCGUCUUGGGCUUGUCUCUGUCCUGCAGCCCCCAGGCGCCCAGCUCCAUCUCCAGCCCCGGGGGCAGCAACAACCUAGUUUCGUCCACCACCAGCCCCACCUGCUUUGGGGGGCCGUUCACCUGUACGACCAUCAGUAACCCCGUCAACCAGCAUAACGCUGCCGGACCAGCUCUGGCCCACAACCACGUCCACAGAAGGAACUCGGCCACCUGCAGCCCGGCAGGCUCCAGCACGGUGGGGUCGCCUCCACUCACCAGCCCCCUCAAUGUGAUGCGCUCACCCAUCUCCAGCCCACAAAGCAUGAGCAGCGUGCGCUCCCCACCGUCAUGCAGCACCUCUACCAACAUGAGGUCAUCGUCUGUCUCCAGCCCCACUGGCAGCACCAACAACAUGAGGGCUUCAUCGUCUAUCUCCAGUCCGACCUCCGGGGGCCCCAUGGCAAUGUCCUCGAGCCCCAGGAACCCCUCUGGCGGUGGGGGUGGUUUUGCUGUGUCCAGCCCUGCUAGUGAACUGGGCCUGGUCCAGAAUGACUCCAACAGUCCCGAGGGACGAAGAGACCAGCAGGACUUCAAGGAGUUUGAGUUCCCCAAGGUGGAGAGCGUGGACGGGGAGAUGUUCAACGUAGGCCUGGACCACAUGGGUAUGGUGAAGUUCAUCAAGAAUGAACCCGACACGGACUAUAGGAGCAUGUGUCUGGGUAAUGGUAGCAACAACACAAAGUGUAACCAGGCCACCGGCUGCCCCGGCAAUGGCUCACCUUUCAUCACACAGAUAAAAAGUGAGCCAAACAAAGAUGGCGGCGGAUGCAUGAAUCCUCAGUGCUACACUGAGCAGCAGCAGCAACACUCUAUGGGUCUCUUCCAGUCAGGUCCGUCCGAGAUUACCUACUUGUCUCUGAGGGACAACAUUGACGAAUACAGUCUCUCUGGGAUCUUGGGACCUCCGGGCACGGAGAUGAAUGGCAGUUACGAAGCCGGCGUGUUCCCCCACAACCUCCUGUCUAAAGUUAAACAAGAGAACAACGAUGGCAGCUACUACCAAGAGAACAACAACAACGUUGUGCCCACCUCGGCCAUUGUGGGUGUUAAUUCAGGCGGACACUCGUUUCACUACCAGAUCGGAGCACAGGGGACAAUGUCUUUCUCACGGCACGACCCAAGGGAUCACGGGACGAACCCCUUGUUGAAUCUAAUUUCGCCUGUUACCGCGUUAAUGGAGUCGUGGAAAUCCCGGCCCGGCAUGUCGCAGGGUCCAAGAGGAGAGGGCUAUCCAGGUCACGGCUGCAUGCCAGACAGCAUGUCAAGCGCGUCGCUGAGACACCCGUCGUCCACGGCCAAAGUGUGUCUGGUUUGCGGGGACGAGGCGUCGGGAUGUCACUACGGGGUUGUUACAUGCGGCAGCUGCAAGGUCUUCUUCAAGAGAGCCGUAGAAGGUAGGAAAAGCCAGCACAACUACCUGUGUGCCGGAAGAAAUGACUGUAUCAUCGAUAAGAUCCGGAGGAAAAACUGUCCGGCCUGUCGAGUACGGAAGUGUCUCCAAGCCGGGAUGAAUCUCGGAGCGCGGAAGUCUAAGAAGCUAGGCAAGCUGAAGGGUGUGAACGAAGACUCGACCCCCACCAAGGAAGGGGGGCAGACGUGCCCUGGAUCUGGAGGGGGGUACUUGUCCUCAGGAGAGAAGGAGCUGAGCACCAGCCCCACUAACGCCCUGGUGCCCCACGGCCCUGGAGGUGGGCUGGUGACCCCCUACCUGCCCCCCUCCAUCUGCAGCGUGUUGGAGCUGAUUGAGCCAGAGGUAGUGUUUGCGGGCUACGACAACACCCAGCCUGACACCACCGACCACCUGCUGUCCAGCCUCAACCAGCUGGCUGGGAAACAGAUGAUCCGCGUGGUCAAGUGGGCCAAAGUACUUCCAGGUUUCCGGGGCCUGCCCAUAGAGGACCAAAUCACCCUGAUCCAGUACUCUUGGAUGUGUCUGUCCUCCUUCAGUCUCAGCUGGAGGUCCUACAAACACACCAACGGACAGAUGCUCUACUUCGCCCCCGACCUCGUCUUCAACGAGGACCGCAUGCAGCAGUCAGCCAUGUACGACCUGUGUCUGGGCAUGAGGCAGGUGAGCCAGGAGUUUGUCAGGCUACAGCUCACCUACCAAGAGUUUCUCUCCAUGAAAGUGUUGCUGCUGCUCAGCACAGUUCCCAAAGAGGGUCUAAAGAACCAGGCAGCGUUUGAGGAGAUGAGAGUGAACUACAUCAAGGAGCUGAGGAGGUCUGUGGGCAAGGCCACCAACAACUCUGGACAGACGUGGCAACGCUUCUUCCAGCUCACCAAGCUACUGGACGCCAUGCAUGAUCUGGUGGGGAACCUGCUAGACUUCUGUUUCUACACGUUCCGUGAGUCUCAGGCUCUGAAGGUGGAGUUUCCAGAGAUGCUGGUGGAGAUAAUCAGUGACCAGAUACCAAAGGUGGAGUCGGGCAACACACACACCCUCUACUUCCACAAGAAGUGACUGUACUGAGUCCCUGGGAGGAAGAGAGGAGAGAGAAUUAAAUAAUGAGAGGGGGAGGAGUGGGAGAGGAGGAAGGCUAAGGAAGGACCCUAGCAUCAGGAGUGGCCUAACUACUAUGCCAGCCAGUCGAUCUGCUGCCCCCUCUCCUUUCUCAAAUGGGACAGGAAGUGACACGUGAGGGACAGGAAGAGAGGUGGAGGAAGUCGUUGUCCCCCACACUGCAGUCUCCGUCCGCCGGUUAGAGAGGUGACGCUGAGUGAGUGACAUCUCAGAGCCAAGGAAAACGCACUGAGGACGACUUUUUAAAAUGUGACAAAGAAGCAUCCCAACCCUUAGCGUGCGCACCCCCCCCCCCCCCCCAAAGACGAUAAUGUUUUUCUAUGGAUACGAAGCCAUACAUUUUUUUGGUUGCGCUACAGUCCAUACAUUCACACAGACCCACGUGUACAGUAAUGCAGCACGCACACAGGUAGACAGUAACACAGACCAUCUUACCAUCCUGAAAAAUGUCAGAUAACUGUGCUUUUGCAUUGAUUCAUGGAUAUUAGUACUACUACUCUGACAAUAUGGAAAACAAUGCUUAGAUGUUGCUAUGCAGUGUAUUUUCAUUAGGUUACAUGGCAACAUAUACUUUUUUCAUGACAAAGACUAAAUGUAGGGUUUCUGUGAGAGGAUCAAGGUCUAUUUGAACAUACUCUAAGGGCUAUACAAGCUUAAUAAUAAACGGAAUAGUUCCAUAAAAAGCUAACCAAUUCCACUUUUGUUCUGCAGUGGUGUGCAUUACAACACCCAAAUGCCCACAUAACUAAAAUUGUUUUAAGGUUGUAUAACGAUCAAAAACAUAAACUCUUAUUAAUAUGCAAAAACUUCAAAAUUAAGAAUUUUCAAAGUAUGGUGUUUUGUGUGAUCAAGUGUGAAAAAAGUUGAGUAACAGUUAAAAGUGAAUCUGCCAUGUCAUACGUGAAGGCUUUCUGAUAUGUAGAUGAUUAACUACACAACAUUUGUCAAUAGAUUCAUUCCAACCAAAAUAGGUGCAGGAGUAUGGAAACACCUGAUGGAUUCACAAUGACGACUUUCCCUCACAUCUUAAUGCGUUUGACGGCGGUACACCCAGUUAGUUAUCCAGGGGUUCUCAACUUUUUGGGGCUGUGACCCCUUUUUCAUAGCAAAUUCAUCAGGAACCCAUUCAUAAUCAGAACACAACUAAUGACUAAAAAUAGCAUAAAAUGAUUUUUACUAGGACUUUGGCAGUGCAUGGCUGGACGAACCAAGUCUUGGGCCCUGGGAAAGACCAUUUUAAAAGGCCCUUGGCAUCGGAGAGAAAACGUUGCCAUUUUCAAAGGUAAAUUCCUGCAAUUCUACACAUUUUGUCAUGGGGUCGAUUUUUCGUUGUUGUAGCUUUAAAGCUAAUAUCCAAAAAUUCUACACAUGUUGCCAUGAGGCAGAGAUAAAACUUAGCUGUUUAAAGCUUGAAUUACAGUGCAUAUAAAAAACAUUUUGGGGGAAUACAAUAAUUAAUUUGGAAUAUUGAUAAUUUUGAUUGAGUACUGUGGACACCAAUAUCCCUGUGAGCCUCCCAGGCCCAUGUUCCCCAGGGUUAAGAACAUCACUUGUACAGUAGAUUAAUAAUAUGUAUUACACCCUUUAUAUAGUAUUAUUCCACACAUCCCUUGGCCCAGAUUUGUUUAAUCUGUUAGUAAUAAUAAAAAUACAAAAAUAAAUGAUAUACAUUUUGAGAUGUGGAGCCCACUUUGAGAACCCCUGAGUUAUACAGUAUAGUGAAAACAUCAGAGCACCCAUUUCUUGGUCUAUUUCUACGUACUUACAGUGCAUCCAAACCAGCACCCUUUGUGAAGUCAACCGACACUUAUCUACCGUUUCCAGAAAUAAUAAUGAAGCAUUUUGUAAGAGUGUUGUUGCAAAGGUUUUCGGUUUCAUAAACCAGACAAUUUACACCUAAGGUGCUUCUUUUUGUAAACGCAAAGAUGACGAAAUAACACUUUUCUGGUAACUAACAUUAUCAGCAUUAGAUACAGGGUUGGGUAGGUUACUUUCUAAAUGUAAUCUGUUACUAGCUACCUGUCUAAAAUGUUAAAUCAGUAACGUAUUUUCAUAUUACCCAAACUCAGUAAUGCAAUCUGAUUACUUCCAGGUACUUUUGGAUUGCUUUACCCUUAAGAGACAUUAGAAGAUGACAAAAAUAAUCCAUCAAUCGCAUUGUGUGUCAUCAGUGGUCUCCGACUUGUGAUCAGACCUGCUCAGGUGGAACAAACUUAAACUUGCGCCUUUCUCAUUAAGAAAACAGAAAGGUGUCGUAAUGGAUUUUUCACAAACAUCCAUUCUGAAUUUAAAAGUUAUCUAGGUUUUUAAAAGUAGGCAUCUGUAAUCGGAUAAUGUGUGUGCUGGUAAAGUAACUGAUUACAGUUGCAUUUUUUUGUAAUCAGAUUACAUGUAACUCCCCAACCCUGAUUAGAUACAAUAACCUUCAAACAUACUGUAUGAUGUUGAUAUUGGAACUGGACGUUGGAAAAUGCCAUUACUCUACAGUCACAGUGCUUUCAGUAAAUGAAUAAUGUGUUCAAAUUUACCUGGCAAGCGGCAAGUACAUACAGUAAAUGCAAUGGCACUUGCUUAGGUUACAGUCACAUUUCCCCCACUGUUGUACAGAAACUGUUUUGGAAGUACAUGUUGAUACUGCUGAUAAAUGAUUGACUCAUUGCAUUGACCACCUGUCCUGAUUUUGUGUUGUCCAUCUUGUCUUUGGGCCAACUCUAGAUGUAUGGCCAGUCAUCUGGAUCAUUCUUACCAGACCUGGGUUCAAACAUGAUUUGAAACCUUUCAAACUACUUAGAGCGUUUGCUUUAGUCUGCCGGGACUGUCAGGUGGAUGGGGUUUGCAUUUCAACUGGUUCCAUUGCAAAAGUCAAGCUCAAUUAAGUACAUUAAAGAAUUUGAAACAAUUUCAAAUAGUACUUGAACCCAGGUCUGAUUCUUAAUUGUUUCACACCAGAUUGACUGACUGCUUAAUCAUUGUGGAACACUGAUGCUACUGAAUAGCUUGAGAGAUAGUCGUUCGAGAGGAAAAACAGAGGGGGCGUUUGGUUCCAUCGUUUCACCUCAUUUGUGAGGGUGUGUGUUUGUUUUUUUUCCCCCUGGCAAGCACGAGCAAAGUUGAUCUGCUUUUUGAGGGCAUUGUUAGUUUUCCUACGUUCUAUAGGAUUAUGCGGAAUAUCCUAAUUGCCUGAAUUAGAUUUGUACAGAAGAGAUGUGACAAUUGAGGCAUUAACCCAGCUAGAACGUUGUGUGUCUGGUUGAUAACUAAAUGUGAAUAUAUACGGAGACCCCCUGCAUGAAUAAGGCCUAUGGUUUAAAGGGAUAGUUCACUUCAAAAAUGUGAACUCCCCUUUAAGGUGCUGUUAGGUGUUUCACUAUAGGUUCUACUUUGUAGGAAGCUGUCCAGUGUUGGACAUAGAGAACAGACAAUGGCAGGAGGAGCACGAUUAAAGAAAAAGCCAGUCCCUAUGCUUAAACGGUCUCAUUUUGCAGACUGUCCAUCCAUGUCCCUUUUGUACAUUGCUGUGUUGAAGUUGUGAACUGAAGGACCCUAAAGACACGCUGUAAAGAACUGCUAUUAUUUUUCUUCUUGUUUUGCUCCUCUACCCUCUCCUUUUUAUUUUUUUAGUAGUGUCAAAAAAAGGUUCAUAGGACGAAUGGGAAAAGUAUUUUUGAAAGAGUUAUAUUUUGCUGGAAACAAUAUUUAAGUACUUUGUCUAAAAACAGAACUUUUUUUGUAAAGUGAAAUGUUUAUGCAUGCUUUUUUUGAUGAGAUGUUUACAUUGUAUUUAAGAAGGGAAAAUUGUGCCUUUUUAUCUCACCUGAUUUAACAUUUUACAGUAUAUAUUGUAAAUAAUACAGAAAGUUAUUAUGUUUGAGUAGUGUAAAAAACAUUUAUACUUUAAAGGAAUAAUCCGGUCCAAAACUAUUUUGGUAUUGGUUUCAUUAAUCCACUGUUAAUCGUUUAAAAAGAAAUACAAUUUUAAAAAACAGUUUACUUCAUUAGUCAAGUUGGCAAGAUGUAGAAUUUGAACCAUCUUUCAACUCGGAAUUCCAAGUUGGAAACUCUGGCAUAUUUCUAGAGCUCUGACUUCCUAACCCUGAAGAUCACGACGUGAUUUUAUCCCAUUUUGUCGUCUUGAAAGCACCAAAGUUACUUUGCUUAUUGAAAAAAGUAUAUCUUGAAAACUUGACUGCUGACAUGCAAAACAUUGAGACUGUAUCAACAGGGGACUAAUGAAACAAAUUAAAUCGAUAGUUUGAGUGGAUUUUUCCUUUAACUUACAUCUUGUUGGAAUAUCUGCAGUUCAUGCGGCUCCCACUUGUUAUGUUGUCGUUUUGGAUCAUAGAAAGAAAUGGCACAAGGUUCACACGAAAAAGCUAGCCUGCUCCCAGAUCUGUUUGUGCAGUAUUGUCAACUCUUGCCAGCCAUUGUGAUGCCAAACAUUAUAACGAUUGGCAGGAGUUGGCAAGACAGCACAAACAGAUCUGGGACCAGGCUACAAAAAGCCAACGGGUUAGAGUGAGUUAUGAAAGUACCAAACAUUGUGACAGACACUUUACUACCUGAAUGUUAGAGAAAGAAAUGUCCUCUUUUUUUCUUCUUCCUUUACAAAUAAUGUUAACUGUUUAUCUGACAUUGUUUUGUACUUUUAUUUUGCAUUUUAUGUCAAUGUGACUUAAAAAAAAAAAAAAAAUAGGCAAACAUAUGUCAUUUCUUUGUUAGAGAGUGUAGACAGUACCAAACUAUGGAUCAAUGAGUUCUUGCUGUUGACAUGAUUAUCUCCCAAACCCCUUGGCGAUAUGUGAUUUAAUAGCACCACACUAAAAUCAAGCAAUCAAAAAAAUAACUGAUUAAAGCUGAAAUAGAGUAGGUUGAAAAUACUCUUGCCUCUUCAGUUUGUUCAGCUAUUAAGGUUCCAACUCACAGGUUGAUGUGGUCACCACACUUGGGAUUCAUUUGACUACACUUCCAAUCUAUUUAGGAAAUAAUCUGGACAUACCAUUUGAAUUGGAGGAAAAGGCUUAUUGGGGUAAUACUCUUGGGUUGACUGAAAGUGACACCUAAAUGAAUUCGACUCCAAUACUGGUGAUAAUAUAGAACCCAAACCAUCCUACCCUGGGAUUUCUAGAAACAACCAUUUGUAUCAUUGAGAUAUGGAUGCAUCAUGACUGUUCACAGGUUUAGUUGGCUUGGUCUCAGAUUUUGCAGUGCUCCCAAUGGAAGUUCUACUGUAUAUGGCUUACUGCCUUGCGCAGAAAUAAGUUAGUGGUUAUCUGCUCAUCCUUCUACAGUACAACACUAUGCAUUUGCACAAAGGGAUUUCCAACCAUCUCAAUUACAGUAUGCAUAUAGAUCAAAUGAGGACUUUCAAUUCUGAUAUAUUCUAAACAAAAAAGCAUAUUACUCAACCUUUACAGCAUUAAUUUCUCUGUGCAAGGACAUGGAUGUUCAGUAAACUCCAAAAGUAUUGGGACAGUGACACUUGUUUUGGCUCUACUUCAGCACUUGUGGAUUUGAAAUUAUGCAAUGAUGAUGAGAGUUUAAAGUGUAUCAUUAUGCUAGGAUAUGGGACCAAAUACUGAACUUUAGACUACUUUAUUACACAAGUGAAUUUGUGCUAUUACUUUUGGUUCUCUAAAAUGGGGGCGGGGGGGAACUACGUACAAAAAGUGCUGUACUUUCUAAACGGUUCACCCGAUGAUGAAAAUACUCUCAAAUUAAAGCUGACAGUCUGCUCUUUAACCUCCAGUCAUUGUAUCAUUCCAAAUCCAAAGUGCUGGAGUACAGAGCCAAAACAACCAACAAUGUGUCACUGUCCUAAUACUUUGAGCUCACUAUGUAGCUUACCAUCGAUUUCUGUCCUACUUCACCAAUUAUUUGACGGUUACAGUUGUAAUGGAGCCACAGCAUUCACAUUUUUUUAAAACAAACAUUAACCCCGUAUAUUGAGACUAAGCCAUAUCCCCAAAGCCACAUCCAAGCUCAGAGCAGCAUUUCCUAUUAAUAGCACCUGGUUUGUUUUUAUCCCAAAAUAAAUUUUUAAUCCAAUGCUUUGUACAAUAUUUGUCAGCAACUAUCCACAGUACAUGAAUAUCCUUCAGCGUGAAUAAAAACAACUAGUUCCUACUACAAACUGUAUAUCUUGAAGCAGAUAUUUGCCAGUACUGUUUGCAAAACUAUCAAGAGAUUCCAAUAAAACCGUUAACAAAUAA